AUGCAGUUCGCUCUUUUCUUGUCCUGGUGCUGCUGCCUGCAUGGAUGUGCGCUAGGGACUGGCUUCCUCUAUCAAUUCCCGGCAUCAACCCUGCAGCACAACUACCCAGAGCAGAGCUCGGGCUCGCCGGGCAGCGGCUUCGCCAGUCGCCGGCACUGGUGUCACUACACGGUCACACGGACAGUUUCUUGCCAAGUGCAGAAUGGGUCAGAAACGGUGAUCCAGCGAGUUUAUCAGAGCUGCCGGUGGCCUGGACCUUGUGCCAACUUAGUGAGUUACAGGACUCUCAUCAGGCCCACGUACAAAAUGUCCUACCGAACUGUGACCACGCUGGAGUGGAGGUGCUGUCCUGGCUUCACAGGGAGCAACUGUGAAGAGGAAUGUAUGAACUGCACGAGACUGGCAGACAUGACCGAGAGGCUGAACACCCUUGAGGCCAAGAUCCUCCUGCUGCAGGCCGCCGAGCGCAGCCCCCCGUUGGAGAACAACCUGCCGAUCACGGGGACAACGGCCACAUGGUACGAUGACCUGCUGCCAGAUGCCUUUCCCCUGCUGAACCCUGGGACUGUCCUGAGAAAACCAGGGGGAUCUGUUGAGCCUAAAGGACACAGAGGUGCAGAGGAGCAGCUAAUACCACAGGGGCUGCCAGGACAGGUUGGUCCUCCAGGCCCAGUUGGACCAACUGGUCUUCCAGGACCACCAGGACCAAAAGGAGAGAAGGGACAACCCGGUGAGAGAGGCCCAGCAGGGCCACCAGGACUGUUGGGACCUCAAGGACCAAGAGGACUUCCAGGAGAAACUGGAAUCCCGGGUCCCCCGGGUCCUCCAGGGCCACCAGCCACCCCAAGCCUCCCUCUUACCUUCCAACAAGGGGUUCUCUACUCACUCCAGCCCACAGCAGAAAAAGAAAAUGGAGAACCCCAGCUGGCCUCCACUGUCAUAGACACCAUCAUGGCUGGCCUGCCAGGACCACGGGGAGCACCGGGUCCUGUGGGACCACCAGGGCCACCAGGAGCAACAGGACCCAAAGGGCCACCAGGACCUAUCGGAGUUCCUGGAUCACAAGGCUUACCAGGCUCUCCAGGACAGCCCGGGCCAAAAGGUUCCAAGGGAGACCGAGGAGAGAGAGGUGAACCAGGCAAGAAGGGUGAGGAAGGUGACAAAGGUGCUGAUGGGGAAGGUGUUCAACAACUUCGAGAAGCUCUGAAGAUUUUAGCUGAGAGGGUAUUAAUUCUUGAGCACAUGAUAGGAAUUCAUGACUCUUUGUCUUCCAUUGAGCCAGGCUCUGGACAGGAUGUGAUCCCGGGCUCCCCACUGCGAACCAGCAUCAAGAUCAAACGUGGAGGACCACAGCAGCCCCAGGCCUACCAGAUCCUCUCUUCACUGCUGGACGACAGUGAAGCCAAAAGGAGAAGCAAUCGGAUGAAGUAG